AUGGAUACAUUUAAUAUUUUCUUUUUGAAAAUUGGUACAUACUAUACUAUUUUCACUCAUAUAAAAUGCCUUAUUCAUAGAUGCACAAUUACGCAUAAACCAAUGAACACUUACGCAUAAACCAAUGAACAUCAAAGUUCAACGUUUCUACUGUGCCAAUUUGAAAAAAUUUUGAGGGAAGAGAAAGAAAGGGGAAAAAGAUGGAUUUCAAUCAAGCAGCAUUAAAGCUGCUGUGUGCGCAACUGAAAAACGCCCGCCAAACGCCGUCGCAGAAGGCCUUCAGUCUCGGCGGCAUCCUCUUCCAACGCGCUUGGAUUCAGGGGGUUCUAGUCUCCGUACCUUCGGUAUCUGACUAUGGUGAGAGCGGCCGCUUCCUUCUAGACGACGGCACCGGCGUCAUUGAACUAUCGCUCUCCCGCGACUUCCGCGGCCGCCACUGGGAAUCAGGGAUGUACCUAAUGGUGGUUGGAGGGUUUAAUGUCCGCGCAGGUGAUCUGCCAUUGAUUAAGGUUCACAAAAUUGUUGAUCUUUCACCAUUUCCAGAUAGGGAAUCAAUGUGGUAUCUAGAAGUCAUGGAAGCUUUCAAGCUCUUUUACGAACCAUUAUUUCAAGAAUGAUGCGGGUAUAGAAGGAGAGACCUCGACUUCUUCUUGGUUGUCAGUUACAUGCUACUGUAAAUGCCUUCUUUCACCUGGUUCUGAUCCAUGUCUUUACUUCUGAGAAUUUAACUUAGUUUUACAUGGAAGAAUUUGCUUCAUGUUUAAGCCCUUAAAGAUUAUUAUAUCUUUGGUAUAUAGACAAAGUAUGAUCUACAAUUAAA